GCUGAGCAGGUUCCCAGGUUUCUGCCGUCGUUGUUGGCCACGGCGUGGGAAGCAGCUCUGGGGGAGCUCGGAGCUCCCAAUCACAGUUUCUUGGGGGUAGCUACAGCUGAGUGGGCAGAACGGGGCCGGGUCCCCUAGUGGAGACCCCAGUGGGAUAGACAGGUGCGUCGGUGCCUGAGGACUCUGUGACUUCCUGCCUUCUGGGUCGGUGCCCUAUCCAGCUCUAGAGCCGGCUCCCAGGGAGAACUCGGUGGAACUUCAGAAACACUGGGCAGCUCUGCCUUUCGACCAAUGCCCCUGUCCCUGGGAGCCGAGAUGUGGGGGCCUGAGGCCUGGCUGCUGCUGCUGCUCCUGGCAUCAUUUACAGGGAGGUGCCUGGCGGGCGAGCUGGAGACCUCGGACCUGGUGACCGUGGUGCUGGGCCAGGACGCAAAGCUGCCCUGCUUCUACCGAGGGGACCCCGACGAGCAGGUGGGGCAGGUGGCGUGGGCUCGGGUGGAUGCGGGCGAGGGCGCCCGGGAGCUGGCGCUACUGCACUCCAAGUACGGGCUGCACGUGAGCUCGGCCUACGAGGGCCGCGUGGAACAGCCGCCACCCCCACGGAACCCCCUGGACGGCUCCGUGCUCCUUCGCAACGCUGUGCAGGCCGAUGAGGGCGAGUACGAGUGCCGCGUCAGCACCUUCCCUGCUGGCAGCUUCCAGGCUCGGCUGCGGCUCCGCGUGCUGGUGCCUCCCCUGCCCUCACUGAAUCCUGGUCCAGCACUAGAAGAGGGCCAGGGCCUGACACUGGCAGCCUCCUGCACAGCAGAAGGCAGCCCGGCCCCCAACGUGACCUGGGACACAGAGGUCAAGGGCACAACAUCCAGCCGCUCCUUUACACAUUCCCGCUCAGCUGCUGUCACUUCAGAGUUCCAUCUGGUACCAAGCCGCAGCAUGAAUGGGCAGCCACUUACCUGCGUGGUGUCUCACCCUGGCCUGCUCCAGGACCAAAGGAUCACCCACAUCCUCCAAGUGGCCUUCCUGGCUGAGGCCUCUGUGAGGGGCCUUGAGGACCAAAAGCUGUGGCAGGUUGGCAGGGAAGGAGCUAUGCUCAAGUGCCUGAGUGAAGGGCAGCCUCCACCCUCAUACAACUGGACACGGCUGGACGGGCCUCUGCCCAGUGGGGUACGAGUGGAAGGGGACACUCUGGGCUUUCCCCCACUGACGCCUGAGCACAGUGGCGUCUACGUCUGCCACGUCAGCAAUGAGCUCUCUUCAAGGGAUUCUCAGGUCACUGUGAAUGUUCUUGCAGACCCUCAGGAUGCCCCAGGGAAGCAGGUGGACCUGGUGUCAGCCUCCGUGGUGGUGGUGGGAGUGAUUGCUGCGCUCCUGUUCUGCCUUCUGGUAGUGGUGGUGGUGCUCAUGUCCCGAUACCAUCGGCGCAAGGCCCAGCAGAUGACCCAGAAAUACGAGGAGGAGCUGACCUUGACCAGGGAGAACUCCAUCAGGAGGCUGCAUUCUCAUCACGCGGACCCCAGGAAUCAGCCGGAGGAGAGUGUAGGGCUGAGAGCCGAGGGCCACCCUGAUAGUCUCAAGGACAACAGUAGCUGCUCUGUGAUGAGUGAAGAGCCAGAGGGCCGCAGUUACUCCACGCUGACCACAGUGAGGGAGAUUGAAACACAGACUGAACUGCUGUCUCCAGGCUCUGGGCGGGCAGAGGAGGAGGAAGAUCGGGAUGAAGGCAUCAAACAGGCCAUGAACCAUUUUGUUCAGGAGAAUGGGACCCUGCGGGCCAAGCCCACGGGCAAUGGCAUCUACAUCAACGGGCGGGGGCACCUGGUCUGACCCAGGCCUGCCUCCUUCCCCUGAGCCUGACUCCUUCUGCUGAUAUGGGGGAUUUCAGCUCACCUUGGGGGCCUCCCUAAACACCCCAUUUCUUGGGGAAGAUGCUCCCUACCCCACCGACUGCUCAACCUUUUCCUCCAACCCUUCUGUUCGAUGACGGGAGGGCUCCACUGGUUGAGUCCCUCCCACCGUGUGUCCAGGUCACUGUGUGUACAUUUGUGAGUGUUCACUGAAAAGUGUGUGCGUGGAGGGCUGACUGUGCCCGUGGUGUGCAUCAUGUUGUCGUGUAAGAGUCCAAGUAAACCUUGGUGUGUGAGCCACAGGAUUCCAGAGGCUGCGUGGGAAACGCUGUGGGGUUUGGUUUGUGUGUUGUGUGGCUGCGUGACCUUUACCUGUAAACGCAGGUGUUUUCCUCAGACCCCAGAGCAGUAUUAAUGAUGCAGAGGUUGGAGGCGAGAGGUAGAGACUGGGGGCCAGAUCCAGGUGUGCGGGCAUAGCUGGAGCUGGAGUCUGGCCUCCUGAGUGGGGGAGCUGGGCUCCUACCACUUGGGAGCUGUUGGGGCAAGCAUGAAGCAGGCCCCUUAGGGGUCGGCUAGAGGCUUGAACUGUUACAGAAGAAGCCCUCUGCCCUCUGGUGGCCUCUGGGCCUGCUGCAUGUAUAUAUUUUCUGUAAAUAAACCUUCCCAGGGGAGCUUCUUUAAGGAAUACUGCUCCAAACUCUUUAAUAAGAGAAAAGACUUUUUAACAAACUUUUGGUUUAUCUGGAUGUCUGUUGUUACCAGGAUUGCUUAAAAUGAGACUAGACUAUACAGGAAUUCAGCAAAGCUAGAUCUUGCUCCACCCCACUCCAGGGAGUGAAUUCUUGUGUUUCUGAAAGGUGCUCCUUCGAAGGCAUCUUAAUCUAGGCAGCCUCUUGGGAGGGAUCCUGAGGCUGGUGGAGUCUGAAUUAGAGGCCCGAGCCCUGGGUUAGUGGCUACUGGAGGACAGGGUCGGGUCCUUGGCCCUCAUGGCUCUUUAGCUCUUCCCCUAGCCUCAUCUCUUUUCUUACUUGUAUCCACAGUUGUUUGUGGUCCCUUGGGGGGUUGCUGGGACUUGGUGACAAGGGCUCCUGGUUCAGUUGUUGGGGAGGGGAGAGAGGGUGGUGAUUAUAGAUCAAGGGAGGGUGGGAGUUGGGGCAAGGUGAAAGAGCUGUGGGGGGCAAGAAUGUCUCCUUUCCCCCAGGGGGCUCGGGGUCACUAACUCGGGCUCUUCUGGCAGUUUCUCUGGGUGGGGACUGGGGUUGGAUAAGGUCCAUUUUUGCCAGGCCACCCAAAUGCACUCAGCCUGAAUAUCUAGAUUUAGCCCCCAAACCCUGUGUGGCCUGAAAUCUGCUGGAUUUCUGGACCAAAGGAGAGACUCCCAUCUCCCACUCCCCAGCCAGCCCAGGACUUUGGAUGUGGUACCCGAAGAUCUGGGAUCCCAGUAUGUACAUUUUGUGUAAAUAUGUGCAUAUUUGUACAUAAAAUAUUCUGUUUUUAAAUAAACAGAUAAAACCUG